GAGGAUAUGGAAAAGGAAAAUGCAACACUGCUGACAGAGUUUGUUCUCACAGGACUUCCAUAUCAACCAGAGUGGAAAAUCCCUCUGUUCCUGGCGUUCUUGGUGAUGUAUCUCAUCACCAUUGUGGGGAACCUUGGUCUAAUUGCUCUCAUCUGGAAUGACCCUCACCUUCACAGCCCCAUGUACUUAUUCCUUGGGAGUUUAGCCUUUGUGGAUGCUUGGAUAUCAUCCACAGUGACCCCAAAGAUUCUGGUCAACUUCAUAGCCAAGAGCAAGAUGAUCUCCCUUUCUGAAUGCAUGAUACAAUUUUUUUCCUUUGUAAUUAGUGUAACCACAGAAUGUUUUCUCUUGGCAACAAUGGCGUAUGAUCGCUUUGUAGCCAUAUGCAAACCUUUACUCUAUCCAGUGAUUAUGAACUAUAGAUUCUGCAUCUGGCUACUAGUCUCAUCAUUUGUAGGUGGCCUUCUUCAUGCUUUAAUUCAUGAAGGCUUUUUAUUCAGAUUAACCUUCUGUAAUAUCAAUAUAAUACAUCACUUUUAUUGUGAUAUUAUUCCAUUGUUAAAGAUUUCCUGUACGGAUCCUUCUCUUAAUUUUCUAAUAAUUUUUGUUUUCUCUGGUUCAAUUCAGGUGUUCACCAUUGUGAUUGUUCUUGUCUCUUAUACGUUUGUUCUAUUUACGGUCUUAAAAAGGAAGUCCAUCAAAGGCAUAAGGAAAGCCUUCUCCACCUGUGGCGCCCAUCUCUUGUCUGUGUCUUUGUACUAUGGCCCCCUCCUCUUCAUGUAUGUGCGCCCUCGAUCACCACAAGGGGAUGAUCAAGACAUGAUGGAGUCUCUAUUUUACACUGUCAUAAUUCCUUUUUUAAAUCCAAUUAUCUAUAGCUUGAGAAAUAAUAAAGUCAUAGAUUCACUGAAAAAAACAUUAAAGGGAAAUGGUGAGCUCUUAUACUAA